AUGGGCAGGCAACCAUGCUGCGACAAGCUAGGUGUGAAGAAGGGACCAUGGACAGCUGAGGAAGACAAGAAGCUCAUCAACUUCAUCCUCACCAAUGAUCAGUGCUGCUGGCGGGCCGUCCCGAAGCUCGCCGGCCUCCUACGUUGUGGCAAGAGCUGCAGGCUCCGAUGGACUAACUACCUUAGGCCUGAUCUCAAGAGAGGCCUCUUGAACGACGCUGAGGAGCAAUUGGUUAUUGACCUCCAUGCCCGCUUAGGAAAUAGGUUUUCUUCUCCACCCUUUCUCUCCUUUUAUCUUCACACCACUUGUUUAGUCCUCGACACCGGUAGCCAGAUUAGUGCCAGGAGAUAUUGA